CGUUUGUCACAUUAUGAUUACAAAAAUGUUUACAUAAAAUUUUGCUAUAAUAUUUACAAUAUACAUAUAUUCUAAACUUACAAAAUGCUUUCGAGAGCUCUUCGAGUUAAAAAAGAUAUCUUUUCAGGUUCAAGAUAUUUUGUGCCAAAAAGAAAUGUGCAUGUAUGCGUUGUUGGUGCUGCAGGCGAUAUCGGUUCAAACCUAGCCUUGCUCUUAAAACAAAAUCCGAGAAUAUCUGUUUUACAUUUGUAUGAUGACGAUGAAAAAGUGUUCAAAAUUGGCACAGAAUUAAACGAAAUUCCCGGUGGGCCUGUCGUGACUGGAUUCACAGGUAGCCCAUUUCUCCCGGCAGCAAUUCGUGAUGCAAAUUUGAUUUUGUUGGUUGGAAGAACACCUCGACGCUUGGGAUACAGUCGCGAGCAUAUGUUAGCGACUAAUGCACCGAACGUUUUAAAAGUAUCCAAAAUAGUUGCUGAGCAAAACCCGGACGCCUUUUUUGCGAUAUCUACAAAUCCAAUCAACUCAAUAAUACCUUUCGUAAGCUCAAUAUUACAUAAAUACAAGGCCUACGAUUUUUCUAAGGUUUUUGGAAUAACACACAUAGAUACUGCGAGAGCGAGAGCAUUUACUGCAAAAUAUCUUAACAUUAACCCAAGGCAUCUCCACGUUCCUGUGAUUGGUGGCCAUUCAGACGAUACAAUUGUACCAUUAUAUUCUAAAAUAAUGCCGUCUCACUAUAACGUGGACUCUUAUCAAGCAGACACCCUCACACGAUUAUUAAAAACAGCAGGAACCAAAAUCAUAAGCAGUAAAUUAGGACAUGAUUCAGCAACUCUAGCUAUGGCAUGGUCAAUAAAUGAAUGCGCGGAAAAUUUGAUAGAUGCCUUAUGCGGAAACUACGUUAUUGUAAAUUGCUACACGCUAAAUCCGCACUUUGGCACGAGAUAUUUUUCAGGACCCACCAAAGUUGGUGGUUAUGGAAUUGUUGAAGUGUUCAAAAACAAUUUUGAAAUGAAUGAGUAUGAAAAAGACCUUUUAAAGAAAGCAGUUUCUGUGUUAAACGAUGACAUAGUCAAAGGUGAAGAUUACGUUGGUAUUUUAGAAAACCCUAGAAUGAAUCGAUGAUGAAUAAUCCAUGGUCUAGUAAAUCUAAUAUUGUCGUUCUCCUUAAUAAAUCAUAAUAAAAAACUUUAGAAUUUUCGAAGAUAGAGGCCAACUUAACCUUUGGUAUGCAAUGUACUUGAACCUGCUCCAUAGUUUAAAUAUUUUUUUUUAAAUUAAAGCAUGUAGGUAUGUAGC